AUGGAUCCUCGCUAUGAUGAAUUUUUUGAUCCCCAUGGUAAAGUAUUUGCUGUUAUGAAACAAGAAUGUUAUAAGGCGAGAGAUGCAUUUUAUGCUUGCAUAGAGAGAGAAACAAAGAAACCCAUAAUUGAACCUGCCACCGGUCGUCUCCUCUGCCCAGGUAAAUGCACACAACUUGAGGCUCGAUAUCACUGGGAUUGCUGCAGCGUAUCACCUGACUGGGUUUUGCGUUUAGAUCGCGAGUACUGUGAAAAAAUGAAGAAGAAGGAGGCUCAAAGGCCUGUAGAUAAAAUGAUAAAGAAGGAGGUUCAAAGGCCUUUGGAUAAAGAUGAUCCAGAGCGAGGUCCAAAGUCGCUCCUAAAAGGUAUUCGGAUCAUCGAUCAGGUAAAAAGAUGA